AUGGCCGACUUUACCUGCAUCUUCUCUCGUCUAGGCCGCACUCCGACGGUCGGCAAGUCCGUUCAAAAUCGACUUGGACAGAAGAAAAACGGCGCGCGUCUGCGAUCGCCUCGCUCGACGCCCGAUGAUGUCUCGUUGCGCCGCGCUUUGUUUGCGCAAGAGCUCAUCGGAAGUGCCUGCUUGCUAGCUUCAGACCCGCCAAGGAUCUCACCUGUCGGCGAAGUAUCGUCAGAGCUACAGCCUCAUCAGCCGCCUGUCUCUCGAAAACUCGGCCAAGCACUGCCAAACAUUAGCCCGGACGAGCUCUCGAUCCAUAUUCUACUCGUCAGCUUCACGUCGGGAUCGCGACAGGCUCCUGGCUGGGCUUAG